AUGGUAGCAACCAAGAAUGAUCCGAAUUGCGCAGAGCCCAUAUGUGCUGACAAGUUAAAUAUUUUCAAGAGCUCUAUCGGCAAAGAGAAGAAACAGAAUUUUGUUCAGCCUGGAAAAGCCGUUGAGUGCCCUCUGGAUCGCGAGGAACUAGGAAACGCCACUUGGAAACUGCUGCACACAAUUGGCAUUUAUUACCCAGACAAGCCAUCGUCUGAGUAUCAAAACAAGGUCAAGACGUUCGUGGAGACGCUGGCCCUCAUGUAUCCAUGUGUGCAUUGCGCUGACGACUUUCAAAAGGAAAUCGCUUUGUCUCCACCACGCGUAGAGUCACGAACGACUUUUUCAAUUUGGCUGUGCGAGCAGCACAACAUCGUGAAUCGUAAGAUCCAGAAGCCUGAGUUUGAGUGCACAAUGAAUAGGCUUGAGGAACGAUGGCGGAAGGGACAUCCUGUCUGUUGGGGCCAAGAGAGUGACGCAGAAUCUGCUGGAGAAAGUUUGGGUCAAUAG